UGUGGAGAUCUAGCCGUGGGGUCCUCACUCAGCCUCUUUGCGGCUGACUGCUAGCUGCCUAUCUGUCAGCUAGCCGGUCUUACGUUAACAGCUGUCAAGACACAAGUGCUCCCUGAAACGUGUUGGGGGGAGCUGCUCAGAGUCCAUGUUUUUAGCUCGCUCCUUGUUCAAGAUGUCAGGGCCCAAUCCUUUGAUGAGGCUGGAGCAGCGAGCAGCCGAGGCUGACCAGAUCAUAGAGUACCUGAAACAGCAGGUCCAGCUGCUGAAGGAGAAAGCUAUCGUCCAGGCCAGCGUCAGAGAAGAAAAGAAACUGAUGGUGGAGAACGCCAAAUUGAAGAAUGACAUCGAGGCACUAAAAAAACAGCUGCUGGAAAAAGAGAAGAACAGGGGAGUGCAUGAAGUAGCAAUGCCAUCAGGUGACAACAGUGUUGAGUGCAAUUCAAAGCCCACCACUCCCAAACCCUCUGGACCAGCACCCUCUGCCUCCCCUGCUGCUGCUGUCCAGAGCCCCCCGUCCAAAGAUGAGAGCAAAAAGAAGAAACCAGAGAAAAAAGGAGGAGAGAAAGCAGAGAAGAAGCAGGCAGCCCCCAGCCAAGAAGAUGCCAAAGUGGACGUGUCUCGUCUGGACCUGCGUGUUGGACGUAUAAUCACGGCUGAGAAGCACCCAGAUGCUGACAGUCUCUACGUGGAGCAGGUCGAUGUGGGAGAGGCCUCUCCGAGGACAGUGGUCAGCGGGCUGGUCAAGCACAUACCUCUGGACCAGAUGCAAAACCGCAUGGCAGUCCUGAUGUGUAACCUGAAACCAGCCAAGAUGAGAGGAGUGGUGUCCCAGGCUAUGGUCAUGUGUGCCAGCUCACCAGACAAGGUCGAAAUCCUUGACCCUCCAAGUGGCGCGGUACCAGGGGACAGAGUUACUUUCCAGGGCUUCCCAGGUGAACCAGACAAAGAGCUGAACCCCAAGAAGAAGGUGUGGGAGCAGGUUCAGCCAGACCUACGCACAGACGGCCAGUGUGUUGCAACAUACAAGGGAGCUGCUUUUGAAGUCGCCGGCAAGGGAGUGUGCAAAGCCCAAACCAUGAGCAACAGUGGAAUCAAAUAAAAAAAAAAAUAAAAGAAACAGAGCGGCUUGAAAUAGCUCAGUGUUUACCUGGCAAUCAAUCAGCAGUGAUGACGCAGAUUCUGCUGAGAAACAGGACGAUGCUGAAUGGAAGAAAAUGCUUUGAAGAUGUUCAAUAAAGGGGUUUAAAAAUGA